AUGGAGACUCCUCGGAGCAAACCAUCUCCACCACCACCAUCAAGAGUGAGUAAACCAACCGGGACUAAAUCCGACGGCAGCUCACCGUCCCCGGUGCACGGCACUCGUCUCUCACUAGACCGUUCCCCACAAAGUGUUAACUCCAAGCCUUCUCCUGAUCGCCGGACCGCAAGAGUCCCUACUCCGCCGGAGGCAAGUAGUAAAAACAAACUCCAUCCAUUUGAUGAUAAUCUCUUGUUUUAUUCAUCAUCAUUUUGUUUUCCUUUUUGGCAUUUCAGAAAUCCAACAGCGAUGAAGCAAGAGAGUUCGUGA